AUGCCCCCUCGCAAAUCUACAGCAUCGGUGACACCCGCCGAUGGAGAUGACUCCCUGCUGCAACAUUCAUCACCAGCCCCGCAGCCCGACAAGCCCGUCUAUGCGACAGAGCAGCAGUUGAAGGCUCGAGCCGAGGCGGGCGCCAGCAUCGAGGAUUAUCUCCUCCCUCGAUCAUUGACGCUUCGUCUCGCCAAGUCGGUCCUCCCUCCUAAUACAACAGUCCAGAAGGAUGCCCUACUGGCCAUGCAGAAGGCUGCUACAGUCUUUGUCUCAUACCUUUCUUCACAAGCCAACGACGGAACUUUGAAACGCACGAUCGCCCCAGCAGAUGUCUUCAAUGCACUUUCCGAGCUGGAGCUGGACUCAUUCCGCGGCAGACUCGAGCAGGAACUAGAAGCUUACACUGAGAUCAAGGCUGGGAAGCGCAAGCCCAAGAAGUCCGAUGUGAAUGGAUCUACGCAGGAUGCGACAGGGACGACCGAGGAUGGAGAUGUCGAGAUGAUUGAUAAUCCUGCGAAGAAGGUGAAGCGGGAUGAAGAGAGUCAGCCUGUUGGUGGUGGGGAGGAUGAAGGGGACGAGACGCAGGAAGAGGAGGCUGAGGAUGAGGAGGAGGAAGAAGAGGAGGAGGAAGCUGAGGAAGAGGAGGUUGAUCAUGGACCGCGUGAGAAUGAUCUUGAGGUUGUGGAGGAUCUGGAUCGGGAGCCUGGUGUUAAGAAGGGUCCUUAUGACCCUGAUGCUGAUGAGACGGAUGAGGAUGAUGGACCUGCUAGUCAGUUGAGGGAGAACCUUGGGCUAGGCUCAACUUGA